AUGGACCCUUUAUUACCCCAAAACUUGGAGGAAUAUUCUGCUUCUUCGACGACCAUAAAAUUCGAGCACCCCCUCCCAUUAAUCCGUGGUCCAAUCCUAGCAGGAACUUCGGACGACCCAUCAUUCGGUCCAUACAUUCUUGCUUUCAAAGACCUUCCUUCUUGGGCCGUUGCUUACAAAUCCUGCGAAUCAAAAAUCAUAUUUCAAUGCGAGGAAGGCGCACGAAUUGGGUGCGCCAUCACUGCUUCCAACAAGUGUAAACCCGCUUGGUGGCACUCCCUGAUUGGUGGGAAAUCAAUGAAUUUAACGGAAAGAGAGCGGUGCGAAGAUAUCGAAAUGGGAGCUUGUUUGGUUGCGGCUAAGGAAAAAUGCAUCGGCUUUGCCAAAGAAAAGUGUACGACGCCAUUUUUGAAUUCGAGAAUCGCAGUGGGGGAGAAGGAGAUAAUGAAUAAACGGGUUGAGAGGAUGGUACACGCAGCAUCGUUGCCGGAGGAAAGCAAAUGGGCCUAUCUUAUGGGGUCGGAUUAUUUGGGAGGGUCCAAACCAAGGGUGACUAAUUUCACAGCUAGUCAGUAUCUGGGCUCCAGUUCUCAACUUCAAACAUGA